AGGCAAAGAACUCAAGAGAGAGGAAGCCCAAGUCGUCUCCAGUCUGCUGCACUUGAGCACACACACGCGGCGGAGGAGGACGACACCCGGGAGCCUCGGCAAAAGUCGCGGCUGUUUCUUCUUUUAUUUUUUUUGCUUGUUUGUGUUUGCUCCUGGUUGCAGCGUGCGCGCGCCAAGCAGCACCGUUUGGAACCCUUUUUUUAGUUGAUAUUUUUGGAAGAGUUUGUUUGGAGCUGACCCCCGCACUGUCGCGAGGCGGAUGACCGGUUGCCACGGUUUGGACUCGGGGAUUGGCAGAGACGUCCUAGCGCAGAAUGGGAGCUAAAUUGACAAGUCGCUCGUGGCGUGGAGCAACGCGUGGAUCUUUUCUCUGGUAAAACGCUCAAUGACUUGAGAGCGUGCGCGACUGGGAUUUAUUUCUUUUUUACUCUUACUGGAUGCUCUUCAAGUAGAAUCUGUUCAAACGGUUCCCCCCGUUAAAAGUGAUUUCGAAAGGCCAUUGACAUUUGUCGCGUCAAUCCAGUGUGACACAUUUUUGAAAGAACUCCUCUCUUUGACUCAUUAAUUGCCUGAUUAAAGUCUUUGGUCAAGUUUUGCUCCUUACUCCCUGGUUCGGCGCACGGAGCGCAUCCAGGUCUGCAUAUUUUAUUGUGAUUGUUGGGGGGUCUCCAAAGCUGAAGGACUUUCAAGUUUAUCUCAAACAAGCGUGUGCGACAGAUUGGGAUAAAACAGCGAGAGAAAGGAAGUAAAUUAUUGAACUGCCCGUACUGGGAUUAUCGGUUUGACAUCGUCUGUAGAAAUUGGACUACAUCUUCCAGCUCUCCGAUUGGCAUGACGAUGAAGUUGGGACUGGAUUGUGCGUGUCGGCCGACCUGCUGGCCUCUAGGAAGACUUUUGGACUCCAGACACUGCGUCUUUGCACUCACACUGCUUACACUCCUCAUGCAGGUGGUGGUGGAGGCCAACUCAUGGUGGUCUUUAGCCAUGAACCCUGUGCUGAUCCCAGAGGCCUACAUCAUCAGUGCCCAGCCGCUGUGCAGCCAGUUGGCGGGCCUCUCGCAGGGCCAGAAGAAACUGUGCCAGCUCUACCAGGACCACAUGCAGUACAUCGGCGAAGGCGCAAAGACGGGCAUCAAAGAAUGUCAGUACCAGUUCAGACAUCGGCGCUGGAACUGCAGCACGGUGGACAACUCUUCUGUCUUUGGACGGGUCAUGCAAAUAGGCAGUCGAGAGACAGCCUUCACCUACGCCAUCAGCGCAGCGGGGGUUGUCAACGCAGUGAGCCGCGCCUGCAGAGAGGGGGAGCUCUCCAGCUGCGGCUGCAGCCGUGCCGCUCGGCCCAAAGACCUGCCGCGAGACUGGCUGUGGGGCGGUUGCGGAGACAACCUCAACUAUGGCUACAGAUUCUCCAAGGAGUUUGUGGAUGCUCGCGAGAGGGAGAAGAGCUACCCCAAAGGCUCACAGGACAGUGCCAGGCUUAUGAUGAAUCUGCACAACAAUGAGGCUGGAAGAAGGACCGUGUCCGACCUCGCACACGUGUCGUGUAAGUGCCACGGGGUCUCUGGCUCGUGCAGCCUCAAGACCUGCUGGCUACAGCUGGCUAACUUCCGCGAGGUGGGCGACGCGUUGAAGGAGAAGUACGACAGCGCCGCAGCCAUGAAGCUCAACUCGCGUGGCAAGUUGGUGCAGAUGAACAACAAGUUCAACCCCCCUACAAGCCAUGACCUGGUGUACAUCGAGUCCAGUCCAGACUACUGCCUGAAGAACCAAAGCACUGGCUCACUGGGCACAGUGGGACGCCUUUGCAACAAGACCUCGGAGGGGAUGGAUGGCUGCGAGCUGAUGUGUUGCGGUCGCGGCUACGACCAGUUCAAGGCCCAGUUAGUGGAGCGUUGCCACUGCAAGUUCCACUGGUGCUGCUACGUCAAGUGCAAGCGUUGCACCAAAAUAGUUGACCAAUUUGUCUGCAAGUGAGACUAGAGGAGAGUUGCAGACGAUGGCGAAUGAAGCAGUCCAAGACCCAGAGAGAAUGGAAGAGAGAAACUAUAUAAAUUAUAUUUAUAGAGUUAAACAAUUAUGCCAUUGCAAAAAGACUUGACACCCUAACAAAUCACAUCUUCAGGAACUGAGAGUAUCAUGAAAUAUUUAUUUUGAGAUUGUUUUAUUUUGGCCCAGCUGAUUUUUUUAAACCCCCAGCAAGUGCCUAAAAUGGCUGGAAACACCUUCACCUCAUCCCAACAAGUCGAAAAUAUUUCUUUUGUGAGAUCCGUCUCAUGGAUAGCAAAAAUUGGACCGUUCCUCCCUUUUCUAAGAAAAAGUAGUGUGAUACUUGACGCACAGUUGACUUCAAGCUCCUGCUUUGUUGUAGGGCCGCGCUGACAGGAGAAUGCUUGUGUGUCGUAUGGAUGGAUGUGUUUUCAUGGGCCCCUUUCCCAAGCCAGCUCUCACAUCCCCAAUCCCAACUUCUCCUCGCUCAACUCGGGGAGCGCUUGUUGGUUUGUGUGAGUCUAUUGAGGGGAAAAAUGGGUUCAGACAGAGGACGGUUUUGGGGGCUGGGCUAUUUAUUAAGCUUUCCCAGAAGCCUGAGCAAUCGGCAGGUUCUGCAGAAGCCCCCCACCAUUAUGCACUUUUAUACAGAGGCCUUUCCUGUCUGUGUGUGCCUGUUCAGCUGUUUUGUUUUGUUUUUAACUGCAGUGCAUCAGUUAAUAUAUCAAUAUUAUAGCCAACACUGUUUUCCAUAUUAAUUCCGAUUAUACAUUUACCAUAGUCUACAACACAUAACCUGGUUUGAAUAUAUAUGGGCAGUUUUGAUUACAUUGGUGAAAUAGUCAAUGUCAUGUGUGCGUGUAUAUAGUGUGUCUAUCCAACCGAUCAGUAAAAUGUAUUUAUUUUUCUUUUGCCAGAUCCACCAUUAUAGCAGCAAAACAUAAAUCCUUUCGUUGGACACUCAGGAUGUGGAAGUCACUUUUAAAGUUAUCACUCACUUUGGCGGCUCUUCACAUUUUUUUUUUUGUAAAGGGAAAUGCACCUUAUUUGUCCACUCGUGUUUUUCUUCUCAUUCAUGUCCACUGUUGGUGUUCGACACAUCAGAUGGUCCAAUUCACAGUAGUAGCAUAUUUUCAAUACCACUCAAAGCAAAGCAUCUCCAGCAGCCCACCUAGAUUUAUGUAUAUUUAUAAGCAUCCUUUGUCAGUUUGAGGUUUGUUAAACUUCAUGUGUAAUAGCAAGUAUUUUGUUACUUUUUACAAAUUGGCUAAAUGCUCUACUUUGUUUCAAUAAACAUAUAAAACCAGAA